AUGCGACAAAGACUUCGCGAACGCAAAGACCAACUGACUUCCUUCUUUGCAAACACAAAGAAGAGUGCAUUGGCACCAGAAGACAACAGUUCAGCCGUGAACUUCUUCGAUCAAAAUUCCGAAAGGAUCCUAGAAAUCUUAUGUGAAUCCUUUUUGUAUUCUUUUUUUUGUCCACUGGCAGAGACGAGAAGAACCGUUAGCUGGUUAGAAAGACAGUUUACGACGAAAGCCAGUCGAGAUUAUGAUUCCAGUAAUGCUGUUGAUUACCCAACUGCAGUAGCUGUAGCUGCAUUUGUUGUAAAAUCAACUGAAGACAACAAGAGUAACAGUAUUAAAAAUAAAGCAAAUGAUACAAUUGGUAGACCUGAAAAAUUCACACCUGUCAAGACUUCAAAAUCAAGUUCAAAAGUUCAAGAUAAAAAUGCUGUAAUACGAACAGCUACGGUGAAUCAAGAACCAGUCAACUCCAUGCAAUCCCUUAAGCAGAGUGCAACCUUUGCAGAUACCAGAAAGAACUCCACAUUUGCAAAUGACACUGCAUCUUCCAAAACGCGAAUUAGACAAAUGACGUCUCAAAAAGAGAUGAUAAAAGGAACAACUAUGACAAAUCAUGUAGUUGGAAAUUCUAAAGCAGAUAUUUGGGAGAAAGAAGAGAUGAAGAAGAUCAAAGAACGGUAUGAAAAGCUGAAUAACGUGACACUUGAUUGGGAGACUAAGAAGAAGAAAAAGGUGAAGCGACACUUGGAGCAAAUUGAGGCACAAAUAGACAAGCGAAGGGCGAAGACGAGGCAAAGUUUCUACAGUGAUAUUGAAAGGAUUGAAAACAUAGCAGGAGGAGCCAAAGCAAAAGCAGAGCAAAAUCAAGAAAAAGAAGAGCAUAAGGUGAAAGAUAAAGCAAAUAAAAUCAGAUCAACUGGGAAAAUGCCAACAAGAUGUUUGUGCUUUUAAGCUAAGAUCGAUUACACGAAAGUCGUAAAUGAUGUACAAAUAACACCAAUAUUUGGAUGAUCUUUCAAACUUCUAUGCAGGCAAAAGAUGUACAUAGGGAAUAAAGGACGUUUAUUGUAAAUGAAAGUAAAAACAAACUAUAUAUAGUUUCCAAUUGUUGAAGGGUGUGAUUACAGUCUCGUCUAAUACAAACUAUAUAUAGUUUCCAA